AUGGAAAGUGGAAUUGACUACGAUCUCGUACCUGGGACAAACCACCUAGUCGAUUUAGAUGGAUCUAUGGCCCAUUCGAGCCAUGCCAGGGGUAAUAAGAAGGAGAUUGUUUUAAUACCAACACCAAGUGACGAUCCUGAUGAUCCUCUCAACUGGAGCCCUUAUAGAAAGUACUUGAGUGUUUUUUGUAUGGUCGUUUACGUUUAUGGAGUGGGUGUUCCGUCUGCUGCAGUCUAUUCAGUUUUGACUCCAAUUUCAUCAAAGACAGGAAUUGCAGUCGCUGAUUUAAACCAAGGAACAGGUUAUAUGUUUCUUUUCUUUGGACUUGGAUGUUGCAUCUUCCAACCAUUAGCACUUCAGUUUGGAAAAAGACCAAUUUACUUAUUUUCAAUGUUGGCGACCACAUUGAUUAUUCUUUGGGGUCCUAAAGCUAAAGAUAACGGAGAGUAUAUUGGAGGAAAAAUUCUUCAAGGCCUUCUUGGUGCUCCUAUAGAGUCUCUUUGUGAGAUUACAAUUUCCGAUGUUUUCUUUGAGCAUGAAAGAGGAACUUGGAUGGGCGUCUACGCUGUCGCUUUACUAACCUCCAACUUUAUGGCACCUAUGGUAGCUGGAUUUAUUGCAGAUGGCCAAUCUUGGGAGUGGGUUUUGUAUUGGUGCUCAAUUUUUAGUGGUGUUUGUUUUAUCAUCCUCUUCUUUUUUAUGGAGGAGACUAAUUUUCAUAGGGUUGUUGUUAUUGAUGACUCCUCUUCAGUUGAAAAGGUUGAUUUAAUAGUAAGCGGCAAUAAGAAAAACUCCACAGCUGAAGUUGGAACACACAUAGAACCCAUACUUUCAGCAAACGAAAACUUGAACAAUGAAGUCGAAGUGAUUUUCAGUAAACCUGAAGAUAGAAUUGAAAUACAGCAUCAACCAAAAACUUUUUCUCAGAAGUUGUCCCUUAUCUACCAUUACGAGGGAUUUUUGCUUCCAUAUUAUUUAUUAGAACCAUUUUUGACAACGUGCUUCCCAUCAGUAUUAUGGUCUGGAUUUCUUUAUGGUACUUCUUUGAUGAUUUUUAAUGUGUUGAACGCAACUUCAUCAACGAUUUUAUCUUCUCCUCCCUACAACUUUUCAUCUUCAAUGUGCGGUUUAGCAUACAUAUCACCUGUUAUUUUUAGUUUCUUGUUCUACUUUGUCUCAGGAUAUUUGGCUGACUACUUCAAAAUUACUUUAGCUAAAAGAAGAAAUGGUAUUUCAUAUGCCGAAGAUAGAUUGUGGGUUGCUGUUGUUUAUAUGAUGGUUGUCCCUGGUGCUUUAAUUCUUUGGGGCGUUGGAGCAUAUCACCAAAUACAUUGGUUUGGAUUAGUAUUCGGUAUGGGAUGUGUUGGUGGAACAACAAUACUUGGGUGUUCUGCUGCAGUAACGUACGUUGUUGAUUCAUACAAAGAAGUGGGCGCCAGUGCAAUGGUGGUUGUCAUUGUCAUACGUAACCUUAUCAGUUUCGCAAUUGGAUAUGGAAUCACUCCUUGGGUUGAUAACACAGGAUAUCAGAAUACUUUCAUUGCACUUUGCUUUAUCUCUCUCGCUGUCAUUAGUACAUUCUACUUGAUGGUUCUCUUUGGUCCUACUUUCAGAGACAAAACUAAGAGAAGAUAUUGGAAGUUAGUUGAGCAUAAAAGAAAGAUCGGUGCUGUGCAUUAG